AUGGCGACCAGAUCGAUCGGAUCGCUGUUCUCAGCAGUUCCGCUGGCGCCAUCAGAUGCCGCGUUCGCCCUGACGACAGCUUACAAUGCCGACACAUCUCCCAACAAAGUCAGUCUAGGCUCUGGAGUGUACAGAGAUGACAAUGGUGAGCCGUGGGUCUUGCCUGUCGUCAAGAAGGCCAAGUCGAGACUUGACGCCGAUCCAACGGUGAACCACGAGUACCUUCCCAUUGUCGGUCACGCCGAGUUCAUCACAGCCGCCCAAUCGCUCGUUUUUGGUACAGAUGACGAAAGCAUGUGCUCCCGCAUUGCGUCGGUUCAGUGCAUUUCGGGGACGGGCGCAAAUCACCUCGGGGCCAGAUUCUUCGCCGACACGACCCAACCGAAGCAAGUCUGGAUCUCGGACCCGACAUGGGACAAUCAUCACUUGAUCUGGACUCUGGUAGAUGACAAGAUUCAACAGAGAGUCUACCCCUACUACGAAAAUACCUCGAGGUCUUUGGACUUUGACGGUAUGGUGGACGCGAUACAGAGGGAAGCCAUGGCCGGAGAUGUCAUUAUUCUUCACGCUUGCGCCCACAACCCUACCGGCAUCGAUCCCUCCCGAGAAAAAUGGAAGGCAAUUGCGGCCCUCUGUGAGACCAAGAAGUUGUUACCCUUCUUCGACUGUGCUUAUCAAGGGUUCGCUACCGGUUCUCUUGACGAGGAUGCUUGGCCGAUCAGGCACUUUCUUUCCAGACAGACGCUGGAAUUCGGCGUCGCACAAUCAUUCGCCAAGAACUUGGGUCUGUAUGGAGAGCGAGUGGGCGCAUUCCACCUGGUCACGUCGACGGCGGCUGAUUCGGUAACGAACGUCCGCUCUCAACUCGCACGGCUUACGCGGGGCGAGAUAUCAACACCUCCUGUCUAUGGGGCGCGCAUUGCGGCAACCGUGCUACGCGAUCAGGCUCUCUUCGACGAGUGGAAAAUCGACCUCCAAACAAUGAGUGGACGCAUUCGAGCCAUGCGAUCCGCGUUAUACGAGGCCCUGCGCGCAUUGGAAACUCCCGGCGAUUGGAGACACGUCGUGGAUCAGAUCGGCAUGUUCUCCUACACUGGAUUGACCCCGGCGCAAGUUGAGCUGCUCAGAAAAGAUUACAGUAUCUACAUGCUUGCUUCGGGCCGAAUAUCCAUCGCUGGCUGUGAGCUGUUCAUCAAAUCCUUGACCUUGUGCACGCACUGA